ACAGUAAGUACACUAGUCGAGACUAGCAGAUGCUGGUCCAGAAGGCUACUAACAGGAUGAGGAUAGUCCACCACGUGGGCCCACGGGGAUUAGGAGUCAGUGAGAGGUAAACAGAUUAGUCCAGAAAAAGAGGCAGCGUUUUUAACCUCAUCACUUCCCUCACACCCAGCAGAGCAUCUCCGCACACUUGAGACCAAAUCUGUACCCGCCAUCUGUCAGGAAUACCACCCAAACCUACAGUAGUGCCCACACACGGCCCCGUCCAUGGAAGCCUGGACACAUAGUCGAUGGAAAUUAACUCUUUCGCCCUCGGACGUCAGAUAAAUCAAUACGGACUGUCUUUUCUUUUCCAAAUGAGCAACGUUACAUCCAAAAGGACAUAAUCUACUGCAACAUGCCAUUGAAAAUAGGAUUAUUCCUCAUUCUGUUCUUGUUUACCCUCCAAGCCACCGGAAUCAAAGAACCCACUGCUGACGACUUGGUUUUCAAGAUCAGAAAUGUGAAGUACAGGCACUUUCUGGAGACUCCGCAACAAAACAGACAGUUGACAGAUGGCAGAGAUUCACUUUCUCUAGACCGGCAUCGUGCAAAGAGAUCGGCGCUGUUUGGGACGGGGGUGAAAGUCUGUCCUCAGGAGAGCAUGGCGGAGGUCAUCACCAGCCAUAAAGCUUACUAUAAACUCAGAGUUUGUCAAGAAGCUGUGUGGGAGGCCUUCCGGAUCUUUCUCGACAGAGUUCCUGACACCAUGGAGUACCAGCAGUGGGUGUACGCCUGUCAGAGAGACUCACUUUGCAUGGAGGAUCUGGCCCGAAAUUUCAGUAGCACGCAAGAGCAUCUUGACAUCGUAGCCAGUAGAGUGAACCAACUGGAUGAACAGGAUAGGUCUCUCACACCUGCACCAGGCGAGAAAUGUUCAAAGAGUCCUGCUGAGCUUUUCAUCAUGGAAUCUGACAGUGAAACUGGGGCACCAGAUGUUGUCCCUCAGAGGCCGGUGGAGCACAUUGUGCGGUUCAGUGUGACUGUGGUAGACCCCAUCUACAGCGCACUACUAAGGGAUCCGGCCAGCCCUCAGUAUGAAGACCUCACUCGCAAUCUUCAUGAUCAGAUGCUGCAUGCGUUUGACAAACUUCCUGGGUUUAAAGAGAUUCAAGUGCUGGGAUUUCGAGCUGGGGGUGUUGAAGCGAGCUAUGCUGUAGUGUUUGAGACUGAUGGGACACAGGCCAUAGGUGACACAGACUCCACUGAUGAAUAUGGCAUACAGGGGGUCCUAAAGGGCAUGGUGGUGAAGGUGCUAAAUGAGGACACAUCACUUCCUGUGGACGUGCAUUCCCUUACUUUCGAACCAGAUUCUUCAACAGCAGAUGGGCCGGAAAACUUGAGCUCCAGUACUCAAAUCAGUGAAAAGUCAAGAGUUUUACCUGGGGAAAUGAGUACACAGUCUACAAAAGCUGAUUCGGAUGAUACUAUGGUGCCUUCUGGGAGUCUAGGCAUCCCAUUUGAAGAUGUAGACCCUGAUAGGACUUGGGAUUUGGGUGUGGGGACAGAAAGGAGUUUUAUACAGAAAGUACCUGAUAUAUUAUCCCAUGCUACCGCGCUACCAGCAGCAGCAGAGCUUAUCAGCAGCCCCAGUCUUGAGGGUUCAAAGGCAGCAAGUCUAAUCACUGAAGACACUUUACGAACCAAAGGUUCACAGAGAAGCACUACAGUGGAUUACCUAUCAAAGUUGUCUGAAGACCAAGAGGGUGCAGGGAAUGAAAUUGUCUCCACAGCUGCACCUCUGGACUUGGGAUCUUUUGAAGUAGAAAAGGCAUCCACUUUAGCUCAAUCUGAAAUGGAUUUUGAUUCGACACCAGAGACUACUCCUGCAGAGGCAACAUCAUCAAUCUUGACUUUGCUAACCCCUAUGGAACAAGCUAAAGGGGCUAUAUUUCAAGAAGAUGAUACAAUUGGCCCUUCUGAACCUUUAGAGACCUCUACAGCAGGUAUUCCCUCAUACCCUACCAGUCCAGUUGAUAGCCUUGCGAUCCCCACUUCAAUUGACCCUAGUGACCACUUAGAGUCACCAUCUGUCAGUGUCACCGUAGACACACUCCAUCGAAAGGUGACUCCUGUUGGACCUACCACUCCAGAACCAAUUCUCCCAGCAACAAUUCUCUCCCAGCUAACACCCACCGAAGACCUCAUUUCACACCCGACCCCAAACAAUUUCCUGGAUGAACAGGAACAGACAUCUUGGACAGCUUCAUCUCCACCACAUGAUGAUGAAAGAGAAACAAAACAAGAUGUAGAACAAUCUGAUGCAGAGGACGAGACUCUAGACUUUGGGAGUGGUAUUCCCUCAGAGAUUGACGAGAACCCACAAUCCUCGGCGCGCCCUCUAGGUUACGUUACCACUCCUUCGAUGAUGGCUUCUAACCAGGCCAAAGAGUUAGUGGUGUUUUUUAGUUUACGUGUGACUAAUAUGAUGUUUUCAGAGGAUCUUUUCAACAAGAGUUCCCCCGAGUACAAAUCACUGGAGAACACGUUUCUCGAACUGAGACAAUUCUCUGAACCAAGUGACUCAACAAACCCAGAGGCCUCUAGUCAAGUACCUGACCGAGAACAGAAGACAUUAGCCUCAAUACCGCUUCUGCCGUAUCUCCAGUCCAACCUGACCGGAUUUAAAGAGUUGGAGAUUCUGAACUUUAAGAAUGGCAGUGUGGUUGUAAACAGCAAGAUGACAUUAAACAAGCCGGUUCCGUACAACGUAACUGAGACGGUGCAGUGUGUGCUUGAGGAUUUCUGCAAUGCGGCGUCUAAAAGACUGAACAUGGAAAUUGACUCACAAUCAGUGGAUGUGGAGGCAGCUGACCAUGCGGACCCAUGUAAGUUUAUGGCGUGUAAUGAGUUCUCCCGCUGCGUGGUGAACACACUCACAGAAGAGGGCGAGUGUCUGUGCGACCCAGGUUACAGCACGGUGGACGGCGAUCCCUGCACGAGCAUCUGUGACCUGGAGCCCGAAUACUGUCUGAAUGGAGGACUGUGUGAAAUUAUCCCAGGACAUGGAGCGACCUGCAGAUGUCCUGUAGGUAAAUUCUGGCACUAUCACGGAGAACGCUGCAGUGAAUUGGUGUCUGUGCCAGUCGAUCCUGUCCUGUUCGUAGCCUGCCUGGUGGGAAGCCUCUCAGUGGUUUGUGCUGUAAUAGGCAUCUUGAUUUUUAUUAACAAGAAAUGUAUACGGACCAGAAAGAGCAUGAGACUUGUGCGCUCACAAUCUGCCUUCCCCUUUGGUAAUACUAUGAGAGUAAAUCCAGUUUUUGAGAAUGACGAUGGGGUCUUAACACAUGUGUCGAGCAUCCUCUGUCCCAUGAGCUCUGACUCAGCCUCCUUACAACAAUCAGGACAAGGCACAUUUCGCUCAAUUGAAAGUUUACAACUCAGUAUUGAGAUCCCCAGACAACUCUACACCAGAAGAUCAGAAAAGUUAAUGUCAGAAAUGGUUGACUUCCAUCAGUAUAUACCACAUAAUGAGAUGCGGCGGACAUCCAGCAGGAGUUCUUGCUGUUUUUUGAGGAGUCCUGAUAGUGAAGGCUUUGAAGUGACUGUUUUAUGAUGUCCAGACACUUUUAUUUUUCAGCUAAGCUUGGCACCAAAGCUCUUCAGUGCAUCUCUAGCAACUCAACUCCGCUGUUUUCUCAUAGACAUCUGUUGAGUUUAUGAUGCAACCGCCCAACUCAAGGAUCUGCCAUAUUCUCGGACAACUGAAGGAAUACCUCCAGGAAUGAGGACUUGUGUUUAGAUCAGUUCUGAACUUAUUUUUAAUCGAACCUGCAAAACAAAAAAAUCUAUUGUAUAUGAGAUAUGCAAUGUUUUUGCUGCUUUGAACCCUGGUCAAAGGUUUGUUUCCUUCCUCACAAUGAGGUAUUUAUUUACAAGUAGAUACACUGGGUUGUAUCUCGCUAUUCUAGUUUAUCCUGAGCAUCCCGAACUAAGAAACUGAAUGUAAACUGUUUCUUUAAACAAUUAGUUCAACCAAAAGUGAAAAUUCUGUUCUGAAUUACUCGACCUCAUGUCGUUUUAAUCCUCUGAGACCUUCGUUCAUCUUCAGAACACAAAGAUAUUUUAGAUGAAAUCCUGGAGCUCUCUUAUCCUCCAUAGCCAGAAACAGUCCUGAGAUGUUAGAAAACCAAACAAACACAUUGUCAAAAAAUUCCAUGUGACUUCAGUGAUUGAAUUGUAAUCAUACAAAGCUCCAACAAAAACAAAACUGUCAAAUCAACUUUGUUCACCCAUGUCUCCCACAUCAGAUUAUGGUGCAUGUUUACUAUGGGCAAUACAGAGUUUACUUAUUGUGCUACUGACUCUAAUCACAAUUUAUAAUAUUGCCAUACCUGUUAACCCUCCUGUUUUUCCUGGGAUUCUCAUGUAUUUUACAGCUCUAUCCCGCUGUCAUCCCGUAAAGAAAUUUUCCCAUAUUUCUCUCGUAUUAUUAAUCUUUCUAUGAAGGGUGGUAAUAAACAUUAAAGAGCUGAUCCUCCCUAUACGUAACCCAUACUGCCGAACCACCAGGGGAUACCCCUUGCUCUUAAAUGUGAAUCUGUUCUGUGCUUUUUUUUAUUUAGGCAUGAAAACACUUUAAAUAAAUAUAAAAACGGCAGGAUUUCCUUCAUUUCCAUUACAGGAGUCAUUGCCUCCCCUAUGCAAUCCUCAAAAAAGUCUGUUCAUGUAGCGCUCCAUAGUGAUAAGUAGAUGCUGUUUCUCAAACGGAUUCUGUAUACGCUAUUUAAACUGGAGCGAAGGUGGACAUUCAGGGUUUUGGGUGCAUGUUUGAUCGGACAUAUACACAUAAUAACAUCUAAACAUGUCGAUCUUGGUGAGUUUUCUUUUAAUACAACAAACUUUGUCUUAAAUGAGUUUAAAAAGUUUAGAAAGCAAUCGAAUGCUUCCAUUAUGGAUCUGUGCAUUUUUAAAGAGACACCUCUGUUAUUUAAUGUAAUCAAACUCAAAAUCGAAAUGAGAGAUUCAUUCGCUGCUCUUUAAUUAGAAUGUUUAGGUUAUCCAGUGAAAAAAGGU